AUGGAUGCAGAUUUAAGAGAACCAGAGGGCUGCAAUGAUGAUAAUAAGGGCUUCACAGAUUACAAGGGCUACAUUGAUAACAAGGGCUGCACUGAUGACAAGGGCUUCAUCAAUGACAAGGGCUGCCCUUAUGAAAAGGCCUGCACUUAUGACAAAGAAUGCACUGAUGACACGGGCUGCAAUGACGAUGACAAGGGCUGCACUGCUGAUGACAAGGGCAGCACAGAUGACAAGGGCUGCAAUGAUGAUGCCACCAGCCGCAUAGAUGGCAAGGGCUGCGCAGAUGACAAGGGCUGCAUUGAUGAAAAGGGCUGCAAUGAUAAUGGUAUGGGCUGUACAGAUGAUGACACGGGCUGCAAUGAUGAUGACAAGGGCUGCACUGAUUAUUACAAGGGAUGCACAGCUGACAAGGGCUGCUCUGACGAAAAGGGCUGCGCAGAUUACAAAGGCUGCGCAGAUGCCAAGGGCUGCGCAGAUGACAAAGGCUUCGCAGAUGAUAAGGGAUUCACAGAUGACAUGGGCUGCGAAGAUGACAAAGGCUUCGCAGAUGAUAAGGGAUUUACAGAUGACAUGGGCUGCGAAGAUGACAAAGUCUGCACAGAUGACAAAGGCUGCGCAGAUGACAACAGUCUCACAACUGACAAGGGAUGCACAGAUGCCACGGGCUGUGCAGAUGACAAAGGCUGCGCAGAUGACAUAGGCUGUGUAGAUGACAAAGGCUGCGCAGAUGACAAGAGUCUCGCAUAUGCUAAGGGAUGCACAGAUGACAACGGCUGCGCAUAUGACAAGGGCCUCACAUAUGACAAAGGCUGCACAGAUGACAAAGGCUGUGCAGAUGACAAAGACUGCGCAGAUGACAAUGAAUGCCCAGAUGACAAGGGCUGCGCAGAUGACAAGAGUCUCACAUAUGACAAGGGAUGCACUGAUGACAAUAGCUGCGCAGAUGACAAAGGCUGCACAGAUGACAAAGGCUGCGCAGUUUACAAAGGCUGUUCAGAUAACAAAGGCUGCGCAGAUGGCAAGGGAUGCUCAGAUGAUACGGGCUGUGCAGAUGACAAAGGCUACGCAGAUGAAAAAUUCUGCGCAGAUAACAAAGGCUGCGCAGAUGACAAGAGUCUCACUGAUGACAAGGGAUGCCAUGAUGACACGGGCUUCGCAGAUGACAAAAGCUGCGUAGAUGACAAAGGCUGCGCAGAAGACAAAGGUUGCGCAGAUGACAGGAAUCUCACAGAUGACAAGGGAUGCACAGAUGACAAAGGUUGCGCAGAUGACAAAGGCUGUGCAUAUGACAAAGGCUGUGUAGAUGGCAAGGGAUGCGCAGAUGGCACGGGCUGCGCAGAUGAGAAAGGCUGCGCAGAUGACAAGGGUCUCACAGAUGACAAGGGAUGCACAGAUGACAAGGGCUACGCAGAUUUCAAAGGCUGCGCAGAUGACAAUUGCUAUACAGAUGACAAGGGCCUAACUUAUGACAAGGUCUGCGCAGAUGACACGAGCUGCACUGAUGACAUUGUGUGCACAGAUGACAAGGAUGACAAAGGCUGCAAUCACGACGAGGGCUGCAAUCAUGACAAGAACCUCACUGAUGAAAAUGGCUGCACUGAUGACAAGGGCUGCACACAUGAUAAAGGCCGCACCGAUGACAAGGGCCUAACGUAUGACAAGGUAUGUGUUGAUGACAAGGGCUGCAAUGAUGAUGACAAGGUCAUAACUGAUGACACUGGCUGCAAUGAUGAUGACAACGAGCUUGAGGAUUGCGUGAUACUGGGUGAUGACAAGAACCGCUCUGAUGAAAAGAACAUGCAGCCAUUUCAGGAAGACGCCAAUUGUGGCUUUACAAAGAAGAAGGCGUCGGGCACAGGAUGGCAACUCCUAAAAAGAAUCCGUGUAGUAUUAAGACGAUUAUGUUGCAUUCAGAACAUCAAAGACUAA